AGUGUAAUCUGUGCCGACCAGGACUGAUGUGCACCCAGAAGGAAUGAAGUAUGGAUGUGAAAGAACGUAGGCCUUACUGCUCGCUGACCAAGAGCAGACGAGAAAAAGAACGGCGUUAUACAAAUUCCUCAGCAGACAAUGAGGAGUGUAGGGUCCCCACGCAGAAGUCGUACAGUUCCAGUGAAACCUUGAAAGCUUUUGAUCAUGAUUCUUCACGGCUGCUUUACGGAAACAGAGUAAAGGAUUUGGUUCACAGAGAAGCAGACGAAUACAGCAGACAAGGACAGAAUUUUACCCUAAGGCAGUUAGGAGUUUGUGAACCAGCAACUCGAAGAGGACUUGUGUUUUGUGCGGAAAUGGGGCUCCCCCACAGAGGUUACUCUAUCAGUGCAGGGUCAGAUGCUGAUACUGAAAAUGAAGCAGUGAUGUCCCCAGAGCAUGCCAUGAGACUUUGGGGCAGGGGGGUCAAAUCAGGCCGCAGCUCCUGCCUGUCAAGCCGGUCCAACUCAGCCCUCACCCUGACAGAUACGGAGCACGAAAACAAGUCAGACAGUGAGAAUGAGCAACCUGCAAACAACCAAGGCCAGCCCACCCUUCCGCCUCUGCCACCACCCCAUAAGCAGCACCCCGCACAGCACCAUCCGUCCAUCACUUCUCUCAACAGAAACUCCCUGACCAAUAGAAGGAACCAGAGUCCGGCCCCGCCGGCUGCUUUGCCCGCCGAGCUGCAAACCACACCCGAGUCCGUCCAGCUGCAGGACAGCUGGGUCCUUGGCAGUAAUGUACCACUGGAAAGCAGGCAUUUCCUAUUCAAAACAGGAACAGGGACAACGCCACUGUUCAGCACUGCAACCCCAGGAUACACAAUGGCAUCUGGCUCUGUUUAUUCGCCGCCUACUCGGCCACUACCUAGAAACACCCUGUCAAGAAGUGCUUUUAAAUUCAAGAAGUCUUCGAAGUACUGUAGCUGGAAAUGCACCGCCCUGUGUGCUGUAGGGGUCUCCGUGCUCCUGGCAAUCCUCCUGUCGUAUUUUAUAGCGAUGCAUCUCUUUGGCCUCAACUGGCAGCUGCAACAGCCCGAAAACGACACAUUUGAGAACGGAAAAGUGAAUUCUGAGGCCGCGCCAACAAACACUGUGUCAUUACCUUCUGGCGACAAUGGAAAAUUAGGUGGAUUUACACAAGAAAAUAACACCAUAGAUUCUGGAGAACUUGAUAUUGGCCGAAGGGCAAUUCAAGAGGUUCCUCCUGGGAUUUUCUGGAGAUCACAGCUCUUUAUUGAUCAGCCACAGUUUCUGAAAUUCAAUAUCUCUCUUCAGAAGGAUGCAUUGAUUGGAGUAUAUGGCCGAAAAGGCUUACCACCUUCCCAUACUCAGUAUGACUUUGUUGAGCUCCUGGACGGCAGCAGAUUGAUUGCAAGAGAGCAGCGGAACCUGCUUGAGCCCGAAAGAGCAGGGAGACAGGCGAGAUCCGUCAGUCUGCACGAGGCUGGCUUUAUCCAGUACUUGGAUUCUGGAAUCUGGCAUCUGGCUUUUUACAAUGAUGGGAAAAAUACGGAGCAGGUGUCUUUUAAUACCAUCGUCAUAGAGUCUGUGGUGGAAUGCCCCCGCAAUUGCCAUGGAAAUGGAGAGUGUGUUUCUGGAACUUGCCAUUGUUUUCCAGGAUUUUUAGGUCCGGAUUGUUCAAGAGCAGCCUGUCCGGUGUUGUGCAGCGGCAAUGGACAGUACUCCAAAGGCCGCUGCCUCUGUUUCAGUGGCUGGAAGGGCACCGAGUGCGAUGUGCCCACUACGCAGUGCAUUGACCCUCAGUGCGGGGGGCGUGGGAUUUGCAUCAUGGGCUCUUGCGCCUGCAACUCGGGAUACAAAGGAGAGAAUUGCGAAGAAGCUGACUGUCUAGACCCUGGAUGUUCCAAUCACGGUGUGUGUAUCCAUGGGGAAUGUCACUGCAAUCCAGGAUGGGGUGGUAACAAUUGUGAAAUACUGAAGACCAUGUGUCCAGACCAGUGCUCUGGUCAUGGGACGUAUCUUCAAGAAAGUGGCUCCUGCACCUGUGACCCUAAUUGGACUGGCCCAGACUGCUCAAAUGAAAUCUGUUCCGUGGACUGCGGCUCGCACGGGGUGUGCAUGGGGGGCACCUGUCGCUGUGAAGAGGGCUGGACGGGCGCAGCCUGCAGUCAGAGAGCCUGCCACCCGCGCUGCGCCGAGCACGGCACGUGCAAGGAUGGCAAGUGCGAAUGCAGCCAGGGCUGGAACGGCGAGCACUGCACCAUCGAGGGUUGUCCUGGUCUGUGCAACAGUAAUGGGAGAUGCACGCUGGACCAAAACGGCUGGCAUUGUGUCUGCCAGCCAGGGUGGAGAGGAGCGGGAUGUGAUGUGGCCAUGGAGACUCUCUGCACAGACAGUAAGGACAACGAAGGAGAUGGGCUCGUUGACUGUAUGGAUCCUGAUUGCUGUUUACAGAGUUCCUGCCAAAACCAGCCUUACUGCCAUGGACUGCCCGACCCUCAGGAUGUCAUCAGCCAAAGCUUACAGUCCCCCCCGCAGCAGGCUGCCAAGUCCUUCUAUGAUCGAAUCAGCUUUCUCAUAGGGUCUGACAGCACCCAUGUCCUACCUGGAGAAAGUCCUUUCAAUAAGAGCCUUGCAUCUGUCAUCAGAGGCCAAGUACUAACUGCUGAUGGAACUCCUCUCAUUGGAGUAAAUGUCUCGUUUUUCCAUUACCCAGAAUAUGGAUAUACUAUUACCCGCCAGGAUGGAAUGUUUGACCUGGUGGCAAAUGGAGGGGCUUCCCUGACUUUGGUAUUUGAACGAUCCCCAUUCCUCACUCAGUAUCAUACGGUGUGGAUUCCGUGGAAUGUCUUUUAUGUGAUGGAUACCCUAGUCAUGAAGAAGGAAGAGAAUGACAUUCCCAGCUGUGAUCUGAGUGGAUUUGUGAGGCCAAAUCCUAUCAUCGUUUCCUCUCCUUUAUCCACCUUUUUCAGAUCAUCUCCUGAAGACAGCCCUAUUAUUCCCGAAACACAGGUACUCCAUGAAGAAACUACAAUUCCAGGAACAGAUCUGAAACUUUCCUACUUGAGUUCCAGAGCUGCAGGCUAUAAGUCAGUUCUCAAGAUCACCAUGACCCAGUCUAUUAUACCAUUUAAUUUAAUGAAGGUUCACCUUAUGGUGGCUGUCGUCGGAAGACUCUUUCAGAAGUGGUUUCCUGCCUCGCCAAACUUGGCCUAUACUUUUAUAUGGGAUAAAACAGAUGCGUAUAAUCAAAAGGUCUAUGGUCUAUCUGAAGCUGUUGUUUCAGUUGGAUAUGAAUACGAGUCAUGUCUGGACUUGACUCUGUGGGAAAAGAGGACCGCCAUUUUACAAGGCUAUGAAUUAGACGCUUCCAACAUGGGUGGUUGGACAUUAGAUAAACAUCAUGUGUUGGACGUUCAGAAUGGUAUACUGUACAAGGGAAAUGGGGAGAACCAGUUUAUCUCCCAACAGCCUCCGGUCGUCAGUAGCAUCAUGGGCAACGGCCGCAGGCGCAGCAUCUCAUGCCCGAGCUGCAAUGGUCAAGCCGAUGGCAAUAAGCUAUUGGCUCCAGUCGCGUUAGCUUGUGGGAUCGAUGGCAGUCUGUAUGUAGGGGAUUUCAACUACGUUCGCCGAAUAUUCCCUUCUGGAAACGUAACAAGCGUUUUGGAACUCAGCAGCAACCCAGCUCAUAGAUACUACCUCGCGACCGAUCCCGUCACAGGAAAUCUGUAUGUUUCUGACACUAACACCCGCAGAAUUUAUCGCCCAAAGUCACUGACGGGUACAAAAGAUUUGACUAAAAAUGCUGAAGUGGUUGCAGGGACGGGGGAGCAGUGCCUUCCAUUUGAUGAAGCCAGAUGUGGAGAUGGAGGGAAGGCUGUGGAGGCGACACUCAUGAGUCCCAAAGGAAUGGCAAUUGAUAAGAACGGAUUAAUCUACUUUGUUGAUGGAACCAUGAUCAGAAAAGUUGAUCAAAACGGGAUCAUAUCAACUCUCCUGGGCUCUAACGAUCUGACUUCAGCCAGACCCUUAACUUGUGACACCAGCAUGCACAUCAGCCAGGUACGUCUGGAAUGGCCCACUGACCUCGCCAUUAACCCCAUGGAUAACUCCAUUUACGUCCUGGAUAAUAACGUGGUUCUGCAGAUCACUGAGAAUCGCCAAGUGCGCAUUGCUGCGGGACGGCCCAUGCACUGCCAGGUUCCAGGCGUGGAAUACUCUGUGGGGAAGCACGCGGUUCAGACAACUCUGGAAUCGGCGACCGCCAUCGCGGUGUCGUACAGCGGGGUCCUGUACAUUACUGAAACCGACGAGAAGAAGAUUAACCGAAUCCGGCAGGUCACCACAGACGGGGAGAUCUCCCUGGUGGCGGGAAUACCUUCAGAGUGUGACUGCAGAAACGACGCCAACUGUGACUGUUACCAGAGUGGAGAUGGCUACGCCAAGGACGCCAAGCUCAGCGCGCCGUCCUCCCUGGCCGCUUCCCCGGAUGGCACCCUGUAUAUCGCGGACCUGGGGAAUAUCCGGAUCCGGGCCGUGUCCAAGAACAAGCCUUUCCUUAACUCCAUGAACUUUUAUGAAGUUGCCUCCCCAGCUGACCAGGAACUCUAUAUCUUUGACAUCAAUGGCACCCACCAGUAUACUGUAAGUUUGGUCACUGGUGAUUACCUGUACAAUUUUAGCUACAGCAACGAUAACGAUAUUACUGCUGUGACAGACAGCAAUGGCAACACCCUCAGGAUUAGACGGGACCCGAAUCGGAUGCCAGUUCGGGUGGUGUCUCCAGAUAACCAAGUGAUAUGGUUGACGAUAGGAACCAAUGGAUGUUUGAAAAGCAUGACUGCCCAAGGGCUAGAAUUGGUUUUGUUUACGUACCAUGGCAACAGUGGCCUGUUAGCCACAAAAAGUGAUGAAACUGGAUGGACAACGUUUUUUGACUAUGACAGCGAAGGUCGCCUGACCAAUGUUACCUUUCCAACGGGAGUGGUCACAAACCUCCAUGGAGACAUGGACAAGGCCAUCACGGUGGACAUUGAGUCAUCCAGCCGCGAAGAAGAUGUCAGCAUCACCUCAAAUCUGUCUUCAAUCGACUCUUUCUACACCAUGGUUCAAGAUCAGUUACGCAACAGCUACCAGAUCGGGUAUGACGGCUCCCUUCGAAUCAUCUACGCCAGCGGCCUGGAUUCGCAUUAUCAGACGGAGCCGCAUGUCCUGGCCGGCACGGCGAAUCCCACCGUUGCCAAGAGAAACAUGAGCCUUCCUGGAGAAAACGGGCAAAAUUUGGUGGAGUGGAGGUUCCGAAAAGAGCAAGCCCAAGGAAGAGUCAACGUCUUUGGUCGAAAGCUUAGGGUUAAUGGCAGAAACCUCCUUUCCGUUGACUUUGACCGAACAACAAAGACAGAAAAGAUCUAUGAUGACCACCGUAAAUUCCUGCUGAGGAUUGCCUACGACACGUCGGGACACCCAACUCUGUGGUUGCCCAGCAGCAAGCUGAUGGCCGUCAACGUCACCUACUCAUCCACUGGUCAAAUUGCCAGCGUCCAGCGGGGAACCACUAGCGAGAAAGUGGAUUAUGACGGCCAGGGGAGGAUCGUGUCUCGGGUCUUCGCUGACGGCAAAACGUGGAGUUACACCUACUUAGAAAAGUCCAUGGUUCUCCUGCUCCACAGCCAGAGGCAGUACAUCUUCGAAUAUGACAUGUGGGACCGGCUGUCGGCCAUCACCAUGCCGAGCGUGGCUCGCCACACCAUGCAGACCAUCCGGUCCAUUGGCUACUACCGCAACAUAUACAACCCCCCAGAAAGCAACGCCUCCGUCAUCACGGACUACAAUGAGGAAGGGCUCCUUCUGCAAACGGCCUUCCUGGGUACGAGUCGGAGGGUCUUGUUCAAGUACAGAAGGCAGACCAGGCUCUCGGAAAUUUUAUACGAUAGCACGAGAGUCAGCUUUACCUACGAUGAAACAGCGGGCGUCCUGAAAACCGUAAACCUCCAGAGUGAUGGUUUUAUUUGCACCAUUAGAUACAGGCAGAUUGGUCCCCUGAUUGACAGGCAGAUUUUCCGCUUCAGCGAAGACGGGAUGGUAAAUGCGAGAUUUGACUACAGCUAUGACAACAGCUUCCGAGUGACCAGCAUGCAGGGUGUCAUCAACGAGACACCACUGCCCAUUGAUCUCUAUCAGUUUGAUGACAUUUCUGGCAAAGUUGAGCAGUUCGGAAAAUUUGGAGUUAUAUAUUACGACAUUAACCAGAUCAUCUCCACGGCCGUAAUGACGUACACAAAGCACUUUGACGCCCACGGCCGCAUCAAGGAGAUUCAGUAUGAGAUAUUCAGAUCCCUCAUGUACUGGAUUACGAUUCAAUAUGAUAACAUGGGUCGGGUAACCAAAAGAGAAAUUAAAAUAGGGCCCUUUGCCAACACUACCAAAUACGCUUACGAAUACGAUGUUGAUGGGCAGCUCCAGACGGUUUAUCUGAAUGAAAAGAUCAUGUGGCGUUACAACUAUGAUCUGAACGGAAACCUCCAUCUGCUGAACCCGAGCAGCAGUGCGCGUCUGACGCCUCUUCGCUAUGACCUGCGAGACAGAAUCACUCGACUGGGGGAUGUUCAGUACCGGCUGGAUGAAGAUGGGUUCCUGCGUCAGCGAGGCACAGAGAUCUUCGAGUACAGCUCCAAGGGGCUUCUGACUCGCGUUUACAGCAAAGGCAGCGGCUGGACCGUGAUCUAUCGUUACGAUGGCCUGGGAAGGCGUGUAUCUAGCAAAACCAGUCUGGGACAGCACCUGCAGUUUUUUUAUGCGGACUUAACCUAUCCCACUAGGAUUACUCACGUCUACAACCAUUCCAGCUCAGAAAUCACUUCUCUCUAUUAUGAUCUCCAAGGACAUCUUUUUGCCAUGGAAAUCAGCAGUGGGGACGAAUUCUACAUUGCGUCAGAUAACACAGGGACACCCUUGGCCGUUUUCAGUAGCAAUGGGCUUAUGCUAAAACAGAUUCAGUAUACUGCAUAUGGUGAAAUCUAUUUUGAUUCCAAUAUUGACUUUCAGCUGGUAAUUGGAUUUCAUGGUGGCUUAUAUGACCCACUCACAAAAUUAAUCCACUUUGGGGAAAGAGAUUAUGAUAUUUUGGCAGGACGAUGGACGACGCCUGACAUAGAAAUCUGGAAGAGAAUUGGGAAGGACCCAGCUCCUUUUAACCUCUACAUGUUUAGGAAUAAUAACCCUGCAAGCAAAAUCCAUGAUGUGAAAGAUUACAUCACAGAUGUUAACAGCUGGCUGGUGACAUUUGGCUUCCAUUUGCACAAUGCUAUUCCUGGAUUCCCCGUUCCCAAAUUUGAUUUAACGGAGCCUUCUUACGAACUUGUGAAGAGUCAGCAGUGGGAGGAUGUGCCGCCCAUUUUUGGAGUUCAGCAACAAGUGGCGAGGCAGGCCAAGGCCUUCCUGUCCCUGGGGAAGAUGGCAGAGGUCCAGGUGAGCAGGCGCAAGGGCGGCGGCGCGCCCUCGUGGCUGUGGUUCGCCACGGUCAAGUCGCUGAUCGGCAAAGGCGUCAUGCUGGCCGUCAGCCAGGGCCGCGUGCAGACCAACGUGCUCAACAUCGCCAACGAGGACUGCAUCAAGGUGGCGGCCGUGCUCAACAACGCCUUCUACCUGGAGAACCUGCACUUCACCAUCGAGGGCAAGGACACGCACUACUUCAUCAAGACCACCACGCCCGAGAGCGACCUGGGCACGCUGCGGCUGACGAGCGGCCGCAAGGCCCUGGAGAACGGCAUCAACGUGACCGUGUCGCAGUCCACGACCGUGGUCAACGGCAGGACUCGCAGGUUCGCCGACGUGGAGAUGCAGUUCGGCGCGCUGGCGCUGCACGUGCGCUACGGCAUGACCCUGGACGAGGAGAAGGCGCGCAUCCUGGAGCAGGCGCGGCAGCGCGCGCUCGCCCGGGCCUGGGCGCGCGAGCAGCAGCGCGUGCGCGACGGCGAGGAGGGCGCGCGCCUCUGGACGGAGGGCGAGAAGCGGCAGCUGCUGAGCGCCGGCAAGGUGCAGGGCUACGACGGGUACUACGUACUCUCGGUGGAGCAGUACCCGGAGCUGGCCGACAGCGCCAACAACAUCCAGUUCCUCCGACAAAGCGAGAUCGGCAAGAGGUAACCCCCCGGGCCCGGCUGCCGGGGACGAACGGCGGCCACCCCCGCGCUGGGAGGCGGACCCAGCGGGUGUCGCUGCGUUUCUCUUGAGCCUACACCGCACCUCUGCUCGGAUUUUUCUGUAGCACAAUCCGAAUCGGACUCUCCGACACAGAAGAGCCUUCCAGGAGAAUGAUACUGCUAUUAAAAAAAAAAAAAAAAAAAAAAAAAAUCCCCCCCCCCCGAAAAACAAAAACAAAAAAACUUUUUUCUGAAUGACCUUAAAGGUGAUCGGCUUUAAAGAAUAUGUUUACAUAUGCAUAUCGCUGCACUCAGUUGGACUGAAAGUAUUAAAAGGAAAAAAUAAAUAAGUGAAAGGAAAAAAAAGGCCUAAACAUUUUGGGCUAGGCCGUCUGUUCCUUCGAGCCACUGUAUUUAAGGUAAAAAUGCAUACGGUGUGUCCAGAUAUUACCGAAUUGUCGACCUUUGCUUACAAGAAGUAGUCUCUCUGCAUAGGAUGUGAUCUAUAUCUCUGUUAAUUUUAAAAUGUGGGGCAAAAUUACUGUUUAUAGACAACCCAACUGCUUUCCCUGUGCUGCUUUGUAAAAGGACUUUGGCACAAGUGACUUCUGCGACGGCGGGGAUUUCAUAACGGAUUUUACAAUGCUAACGUGGUUUGCCUUGGGGAAAAAAAACUGGCAAAUAGAAUCCAUGUCACUGAUAAGCAAAGGAAACCCUGAUUUUUUUGUAAAUUAUGUGAGACAAGUUGUUUAUGGAUUUUUAUAUGAAUUACAAUUUACUGUACAUCAAAUAUUAGUCUCAGAGGAGUUAAUUUAUGUAAAGUGUUUAAAAAGUUUAUACUUAAAAAUAAAACGAUAAAAACAUGUGAACCGUGUGAUUUUUUUAAAAGGAUUGCACCUUUUGUUAUCUGUUAUAGCUGUACAGUAUAAAUUAUUAUAUUGUAGAGAUAUAACGACUUAUGCCUAUAAUGUCCAGAAGUGUUAAUAUUUUUGUAUUAGGUUGAAAAAAAAUGUGCAACUUUCUAUCACUAGAUGGAUAGGACAGUGCAAUCCUAAGUGGGUGGCUAAUCAGAGAACUCCUUUCUCUUUCUUCUCUUUUUCAUCAGGCCAGUGUCCUCAACCUUUAUCAACUAAGAGGCACCGUAGAAAACUAAGGCUGGUGGAAUGUAGCGGAAGAUACAGAAAAAAAAACAAAAAACAAAACAAAAACUGGGCGGGAGAGGUCCUUUCUCGUCCCUAAAAAUCGAGGGGAGUUGAUAGAAUUAACCACAGGGUUUUUACUGUUACCAUUCCUCGAAGCUCCAUUUCUCGAUGGAGGCAAGAGACCACAUCAGAUGUUCCGGGAAAUAUUUGUGAGCAGGAAAGGAUCUGAUGUAGUCAUGACCGUAAACAUGUGUCUUAAGAUCUAGGGAAGAUAGCAGAAGCCCAGCAGCGCCGAGAGGGCCAGAUGGAGAAGGUCAGGGUCGCUCUGCUAGUCUGGGGUUUGGACCAUCAGGUCCCCAAGAGGGACGCAAAAGGGAGACAAAAAGCUCCCGUGAGCCCCCGCGACCCAACCCUCCCGGGAGCUGGUUUGAAUGGCAGCCUCUGCUCUGUCUCCGGGAAGCGGGGGGGGUGGGGACGGGGGUGGCACAUCCAGCUGGACGCGAACCGCCAGCCGUGCCCUCCCCCACACGCGUGCGAGUGGGACCGCGCGUGGCCGCCAUCUGCCCUUCUGUGCCGGCCCACCGCGCUUGCAAAUCUCUUUCGUGAGCACUAAAUUCAGCCACAAAAAUAUUUUUAGAAAAUAUUUCUCAGUUCAUUGAGCUAUAGUACACUGUUUUCCUCUAUGUAUAAUGGUGAUAAAAUAUAGCAAGUGAACAUGUCGUAAAUAUAAAGGUUCAAGUGAUGUAUUGAAAAUAAUUUUCUAACUGCUUUGUAUGUAUCACAUACUCUAAAUUGCACAGUAGGCGUGUUUAUUAAACAGAUUGGCUGGGAAAGUUUCAAAAUAGCUACUGAAUUUACAGUAUCAGUGCUAUUACUGUCUUUGUGUAUUUGGUAGAGCAUACCGAAGUAAUUAAUCUUCUAAUGAAUGCUGAUAUUUUAUUAGAAUGAAAGCACAGAUUAGCAUUAAUAUUUUUUAUCCUGGAAACCCUUUGGCAAGUAUUAUGAAGCCCCAAUUUAGAAAACUAUGAGAUUUCAAACCACAUGAACAUGGCUCUGUUUUCCAGUUUAUUUUUUAACCUGUUAACUUAGGUGUUUGCAGUUCUGUUCCGAUGGAAUUUCUGCAGGACUGUAUUUAGCAUGCUGUAAGUACUUUUGGUUAAAAUAGGCUCUGAGUCUAAAUCCUCAGAAGUGUCUCUGAUGUAUUGACCAUGAAAAGCUUGUACCACAUGACAGAAGUGAAAUCAUAAUCUUACCCUCUUCUCGACAUGGACUGGUCCUUUACACUGGCACCGAUAAAUAACAGAUUUGGAGAAUCUCCUGGUGCUUCUUUUUAGAUGAAGUCAAAUCAACCCAAUUAGUGUCUUGGUAGUAGGUAUAAUGAGCCUAUUUCUUUCUAAAAAGACUUGUGAUCUGGACAUGCUUUUACAAGAAAUAGUGACCUUGGGGAAUAUGUAAACAAAAGACCUUUUUCUAAGAGUUGCGGGGGUGGGGGACUGAGAUAAUGAAAAGAAUUAGCUUACAAAAAAAAAUUGAUAUUCAAAGUAUUUUAGGCACAGCCAGUCAAAAUGCUUUCAUGAUAUUUUGAGAUGUAAAUUUUGUCUGAUUUGUAUUGUUCUUUUCAUUUGCCUUCUUAACUUUAUAUGU